AUGUGGGCCUGGUGCCACAUAUUGUGUGUAGGUGUGUACGGGUCCGGUACGCUGGCCCCGCGCUGGCUCCGCGCUGGCUCCGCGCUGGCUCCGCGCUGGCUCCGCGCUGGCUCCACGCUGGCUCCACGCUGGCUCCGCGCUGGCUCCACGCUGGCUCCGCGCUGGCUCCGCGCUGGCUCCGCGCUGGCUCCGCGCUGGCUCCACGCUGGCCCCGCGCUGGCUCCACGCUGGCCCCGCGCUGGCUCCGCGCUGGCUCCGCGCUGGCCCCGCGCUGGCUCCGCGCUGGCCCCGCUCUGGCCCCGCGCUGGCUCCACGCUGGCCCCGCGCUGGCUCCGCGCUGGCCCCGCGCUGGCCCCGCGCUGGCUCCGCGCUGGCUCCGCGCUGGCUCCGCGCUGGCUCCGCGCUGGCUCCGCGCUGGCUCCACGCUGGCCCCGCGCUGGCUCCGCGCUGGCUCCGCGCUGGCUCCGCGCUGGCUCCACGCUGGCUCCGCGCUGGCUCCGCGCUGGCUCCACGCUGGCUCCACGCUGGCUCCACGCUGGCUCCACGCUGGCUCCACGCUGGCUCCGCGCUGGCUCCACGCUGGCUCCACGCUGGCUCCACGCUGGCUCCACGCUGGCUCCACGCUGGCUCCACGCUGGCUCCACGCUGGCUCCGCGCUGGCUCCACGCUGGCUCCACGCUGGCUCCACGCUGGCCCCGCGCUGGCCCCGCGCUGGCCCCGCGCUGGCCCCGCGCUGGCUCCACGCUGGCUCCACGCUGGCUCCACGCUGGCUCCGCGCUGGCUCCACGCUGGCUCCACGCUGGCUCCACGCUGGCUCCACGCUGGCUCCGCGCCGGCCCCGCGCCGGCCCCGCGCCGGCCCCGCGCCGGCUCCGCGCCGGCCCCGCGCCGGCUCCGCGCCGGCUCCGCGCCGGCUCCGCGCCGGCUCCGCGCCGGCUCCGCGCCGGCUCCGCGCCGGCUCCGCGCCGGCUCCGCGCCGGCUCCGCGCCGGCUCCGCGCCGGCUCCGCGCCGGCCCCGCGCCGGCCCCGCGCCGGCCCCGCGCCGGCCCCGCGCCGGCCCCGCGCCGGCCCCGCGCCGGCCCCGCGCCGGCCCCGCGCCGGCCCCGCGCCGGCUCCGCGCCGGCUCCGCGCCGGCUCCGCGCCGGCUCCGCGCCGGCUCCGCGCCGGCUCCGCGCCGGCUCCGCGCCGGCUCCGCGCCGGCUCCGCGCCGGCUCCGUGCCGGCUCCACGCCGGCUCCACGCCGGCUCCACGCCGGCCCCACGCCGGCCCCACGCCGGCCCCACGCUGGCCCCACGCUAGCUCCACGCUGGCCCCACGCUUUCCCCACGCUGGCCCCACGCUGGCCCCACGCUGGCUCCACGCUGGCCCCACGCUUUCCCCACGCUGGCCCCACGCUGGCUCCACGCUGGCUCCACGCUGGCUCCACGCUGGCUCCACGCUGGCUCCACGCUGGCCCCACGCUUUCCCCACGCUGGCCCCACGCUGGCCCCACGCUGGCUCCACGCUGGCUCCACGCUGGCUCCACGCUGGCUCCGUGCCGGCUCCGUGCCGGCUCCACGCUGGCUCCACGCUGGCUCCACGCUGGCUCCGUGCCGGCUCUACGCUGGCUGGCGGGACUUGGAGCUGCUAG